AUGAAUGAAGAUGGUGCAUUUGGUCAAGAUUGUCCUUCAAUCUGUGAGAUUUCGAGCUCAGCCGACAAAGAUUCACCUUCUGCAGGGAAUACCUCAGGCAACCCUCCACGUGAUGAACCAGGCAAGGAAGAUAACAACAAUGAACCGGGCCAGGUCACAAUGGAUACCUUGGCUCAAUGUAGACCCUUGAGGCCAAGAGGCGUUGACAUUGUCAUGACCACGGCAAAUGUGAGACAAACUGUUCUGUCUAUCUUCCGUCUACCCAGCAUCACCUUAUUCUUCAAUCUUCCUAUUAAAAACCCUUAUCAAUUCUUCUUGUCUUCAAACUACCAUUGUGUAGAGACAGACAAAAUGAAGAUGUGUCUGGUGAGAGUCGAACUCACGACCUCAGCUAAGCUGAGACACAUACUAGAGUGCUGCCUUUACCAACUAGCACUACGGUCAUUUGCUAGUCGCUUCCGUGUGAAGCGACUGCGGGUCGCAGCGCGCAAGUUUAGGAUUGUGGUAUCCGACACCUGCAGCGACACCCGUCAACUCGAGUGCGACAGCUAUCGAGUUGGUGCAGCGACAUCCGAGCUUAUUUGA